AUGUGGGGAGAGACAGAGACCCCAGGCGCCGGCACGACAAUCCUGCAGAAAACUCACAGCCUGCCGCAGUCGCUGCUGGCGGCCACCGCUCAUUUUCCAAUGGAGUACCGCGUGGACCCCUCAGUGCCCACGAAGCUCGUGUUGCUCAUGCGUAACCCUGCGGAGGCUCUGCUUGCGCUGCGUCACUACCAUGCUGCUGGUCACACUGGCUUCGCUCAGCCGGCGCACUUUCGGGGCAAAGACUGGGCAGAGUUCACCAGUGAGCGAUCCGUCGCAUGGUUUGAGCUCUACAAGGCGUGGCUGCAAUGGCCGUCAUCGUCUAUGCUCGUCAUGCACUACGAGCAAAUUCAGGCAGCGCCGCUUGAGGAGUCGCUUCGCCUGCUGAAGUUCCUGGGCGCGCCACUGGACAUGGGGCGCCUGCAGUGCUCCCUCAGAUACACUGAAGGACAAUUCAAGCGGCCCAGCUACCCGAAACACAUGCAAGGAUACUCGAUACCUCGAAACGUGUCCCAGUACCUGCAAGAUGCCCAGCGCCGCUUGAAUCUCAUCCUUGAAGAGAAGAAUUUUCCUCGCAUCCCCGCUCAUCUUUACAGGUUUUCUCCCUCCGUCAUAGACACGAUUUCGGCGUUUGCUAGAUAAAUUCACAGUGCGAUGUCUGCAAAUGACUAAAUGCCAGGGGCUAUACUUUCAA